AAGCAGGUACUACCUCAGCUCCAUAUCUCUCAGUCUUGUUCAUCCACCAUGAAGCUCUGCAGCCCACUGGGCCCAUUUAUACUCAUUGUAGGGUGGAACGUUCUUACUGCAACUGAAAACAACAUUGGCCAGUUUGUGAAUGAGUUACAUGGAGGCUAUGGCAGUACGGGGAAGGUCGUGGUAGGUGACCAAAAUGGUGAAAUUCGUCACACUAACAGUAAAAAUACAGCAAUGACGUCUGCAGUCAGUGAAAUAGCUCAGUUUCAUAAUAUGUUUGAUAAGUACAUUACGGAUCUGGGAGAUCUGCUAGCCAUUCUUAAAGAUCCCAGCAAUAACUGGGGGACACAUAAUAACAUCUCCCCAUCACCCCCGGGAGCCACACAUCACGAAGAAAACCAAGUGGACGACAGUGACAUUCUAGGUUUGUUUGCAUUCAUCGGCACAGCAAAGCGUUGGCGUGAUAAUUUCAUGAGUAAGUUCGAACAAAAUACGCAAGUAUUGGAAGGUGACUCGAGCAGGCAACGUUCUGCUCUAAGAUCAGUAGAAGAGAAGAAACUCUCUAAUGCUGAUGAUUCUAAAGAUUUGGUGGAACCAGCGGCGCUUAGUGAAGGAGACUCGUCCUCCCACCAAGUCAUGUUGACACUCAAAACAGCCUUGCAAGAACUUACGCAAACUUUCGACAGAUACUUCGGCCAGUCGACUGAGAGGUCAACUGUCAAUAAAAUAUUACCUAGCGAGCCGAAGGAUGGGAUAAAUGCCUUAAUAGUAACCCUGGAAGCACUGGCUCGCGGCCAUAACAUCUACUCUAACAAUUUCCCCAACCAUCUACAGUCUUCUGAAUCAAAUUACCUCAAGUCACGAGACAAUCAUGCUGGUCUUCAAAAAAUUGUCGAGAAACUAAAAAUACUGGUUAGUUAUCCACAAAGAGAACAACACGUCACUACUUCAAUACCAGCUAACGAUGCUACAACCUCUGCACUUUCCACCACUACCACCCCCACCACCACUACUACCACCAGAUUCACAGGUAUUUAA